AUGUACCUGCUUCUAUUCCACGGACCAGUCUGCACUAACAACUACAUAGGUUGCCCAUUUGGAUGGGUGCACGUCAAGCGUGGUGAUCUUGGAGCCAGGGAUGACGAAUACAUGAUCGAUGAGACCGGCUGUGGUGGACGAGGACUUCACAGCUGGUGUUGCCCAUCAAGCUACAGUCCCCCGGAAUGCGGAUGGUAUACCCACAACAGCGGCAAGUGCAAUUCCAAGUGCCCCAGCGGUACUGUUGAAGUCGGCGGCAACAACGAGUAUUGCACGAAGGUUUUGACUUACCAAGCGGCUUGCUGUACCACCAAGACUAAGAGCAUGAAGCUCUAUACUAAGGGCGAAUGGGGUGAAGCCCCUAAAUGCGACGCUACAUCGAAAUGCCUCGUCUCAGAUUCUAAGAAGACCGACAUGAUUGGAGGCGCGUCGAGAGGGUCGGGGGCAGCCGUUUGCAACGCUUAUUACGAGCGUCAGCUUGAGGCUGUAGACCCUCCGGAGGAACGAAAGUACUGUUACGACAGCAGCGACAAGAAGGGGAGAUUUUAG